AUGCUACUCUUUUUUUCCUAUUCAGUUCGUUCACACUCAGUGAAGGUACCAGCUCCGAAACGCAGUGGUCAGGUACCACCGCCACCUCGACCAUUAACGAGACCAAGACUCCUGGAAGAGCGCAAAUCUCGUCUACAAGCUUCCCCGACGACAGCAGCUUCUGCCAGCACUACCACUAUUAAUGUCCAGACCACAACACCAAUACCAACCUCUUAUCUGCGUCAAGAUGUCUUUCAUGUCACAUUUUAUGUCUUCCACUUUAGUCUUCUUCUCGUCUCUUAUCUGGCAUGGACCGCUUUCUUCAUCCUCCUCCUACCCGCUUUCUGUGUCUCCUAUUGUAUUCGGCAAAUUGGCCUCCUGCUUGCCCAACAUAGACGGACUAGUCUAGUGGAGACACUUUCCUCCCUCUCCCUGCAUUAUCUUCAUGGCGAAGAUGCGGGAAGGAACACCGUUGUGGCGAUCUAUCUCGGGAGCCCUGGAAUUAAGAUAGCAGCUCUAAAGCGCCUUCUUGUUCAACGCAUAUUCUCGACAGAUUCAACGGCAACUGAGAAACUGACACCAAAUGGAUCGCCAGGGAUGGAAAAGUGGUUUUCGGAGCGGUUGCAACAAACUGUUGUCCCUCUACCGACGGGCUAUGCAUGGCAAAGAUGUUCUUCAGUCAACAUUGAUGAGCAUGUCGUACCAGCGUAUUUGGUUGGACAGAAUCGACUCGGCUAUGGACGGCGUCUCUCACCAAAAAAGCGACCUCCUGAAGAGGAGGGAAUGGUGGAGGUAGAGAAGGAUCCCGUGGAAAUGUUAGUUGGACAGUUGGCUGCUGUGGAACUUCCCUUAGAUCGUCCGCUUUGGCAGGUGCAUCUUGUGGAAGACUACUGCGAUACCAAAGACGCUCUAACUGUCCGACGAGUUGAGUCUCCCUUCUCCCCAUCCAGCUGGCAAGACAAGGACUUCCUUGCCCCCUGGCGUAACAGUCGUCCGAAUCAGACACCCGGUGACACACACAGCGUCAACUUUGCAGACCGUUUGGGUGGUUUCAGACAGGGUUCUCCAGCUCUCUCUAUCUGUAGCAGUCGAAGUGUUGCUGGGAGCAGCACUGUUGGACGUCAUGGAAUGGGUACCACUCCGACGGGGAGUUUGAUUGUCUUCCGGGUGCACUCUGCCAUUACUGACGAUGCGCAAAGUUUAGUGGAAUUUCUCACCAUCUUACUGUCAGAAGGGAUAUAUGAAGAGGGGAAUAGAAGCCCAGUGAACUUUUCAGAACCUGGAACAUCAAAUGCGGCUAAAGGCGACGAAAUCAGCAAGGACUCUACAUCUCCCAUCUUCAAGGUGCGGAUUUCAGAGUCCUCUUUAGAAUGGCAAGGACAUCCAGAAAAAUCACCUCCCCCCAUUACCGUUCAGGAAGCCAGCAGCAUACGCACCUAUUCGACCUGCUUCUGUGCGUGGCUACGAGAAGUGAAUGCAAUGCGACGUGAAGUAACGCGAGCCUUUCUAUUGGGUCCCUUUCUGAUGCUGCACAACCUCAUGAUGGUACCAGCAGAUCUGGGUCUUCUGCCCUCGCUAGUUCGACCGGCUCCAAGCGAAGUGGAGACUGCAACCACUGUCGUACAACGUCAGGUGUUUCGACGGAUUCAACUACCAUUGGACAAGGUUCUGCAUGUACAAAAGGUUACAAAGGCCAGUUUUUCUGAGAUCUCAAUGAGCCUUCUCUCUGGAGCCUUGAGAGCUUAUCAACAGGAUGCAGAUCUCUAUGUCUUGAGGCAAAAAUCUCCGGCACGUCCUAAUCCUACCUACUCCGCCUUUACUGCGCUCAUUAGUAUUGUGAGGCUCCAUUUUGGAACCAAACACAUGGAAAUGCGAGGAAUGGGGGUGGGGGGCACGCUGUUCUGCUACCACGACUUUCGCGACUCUGGAUUUCAUCGUGAAGUAGACAAGCUCCAAUCAUACCUUGACACUUCAGGUCUGAAGUCACCUCUAGAUCUACUUAUCCGAACCUGCACACCAACGCCUAACUUCGAGUUGUGCUGUGAACGUCUUCUUCACCUGAAUCGUCAUCGAGAUACCGUCGAAGGUGAAGUCAGUGGUCACGAAUCCGAGCAUCAUGAGGCACUGACAGCACUCAAUGAAAUCGCCAACGGCCCACCAGCUCAUUGCAUCUUCACGCCGAUGCAACUGCCUCUGAGUGAAGAAGGCAUGAUUCCACGUCUCUGGCGCGUGCAUCAGCGCAUGCUGACUCUUCAGCGAACCGCCCUGGCUGUGACUAUGGCGUGGACACGGGACUUGCUUCACCUCCUACUUCCUCAUGGCUUAGCUCUGCGUGCGGAUAGUCUAUUGCUGGGCGGGUCUUCCAAGUGCAGCGUCACAUUUGCUGAAGUUUCAUUGGAAAAUACUGAUGGUGUAGAGGGAUCCAUUUCUUCGAUGCUUGGAAAAAGAUCAAAAUAUGGUGGUAGAAAGCGAUCCAAAAGAUGGCUUCAAUCACGUCGGAGUUGGUUGUCAGGUCAAAAUGUCCUUAAAAUGGACAUUUCUCAAGCCCUCCAACUAGUCAAUCGUCCCAAUUCACCUCAAACGUCUACGGUUUAUGAUGAAAGCUCAUCGAACGAGCGCAAUCUCGACCUUCUCUACCUCUCAGGUGGAGUGCCAAUCGUACGAAUUGAGGCCUGGCUAGCGAAUCAUCAUGGGGCUUCAGCAUUUGAUAAAUCAUCUUUUUCAAAUUCGUCGUCUUUUGAUGUUGCCACUGCGGCUGGGAGUGGCGAUGGAAAAGCUACCAUGUGUCGUGAUUUGGCCGUGGUAACGUGCGCCUAUGGAAGCCAUUUAACUGUUGGUUUGACUGCUAGUUGUCAGAUGGACGGAACUCCCGGAGUCGACCUCAUUUUGAACACUAUGCUUAAACAGCUUAAUAACCUCUACAAGUUAUUGGACAGUCGAUUUCCAGCAAAACCGGUGAUUUAUGCGCCUCAUCGACGUAUUCACCCUGCUGCAGGAGCGAGCUCGUCCUCCGCUCGGACACGAACCAUUCAGAGCUCUGUGAAAACUCAUAAUCGUCCACAAACUGCCUCAAAUCCGACUUCUCCGCAGUUGUCACCAGCUACACUGCAUGAGUCGCCCACUCCUGAUGCCAUCGGUGGGGAACUCACAAAGGAUAGGGGAAAUCAAUUCCUAAAGUACACCUUCCCACCACUAAGAUCCAGUUUGAGACGAUCUUCACUGCGUCGACGUCAAAAGCGUCACAGCAAUGAGGCUUUGGCAGUUGAAAAGGCUGCUGAUGAGGCAGAUGGCGCAUUGAAAUUUGUGCCGAUUAUAAAGUCACCCUCAACGGCAAAGAAAAUCGAGGCCAAGAGUCAAACAAAAAGAAAAAGGGUUGAUGAAAGUUCUAGAAGUGAAACGACCAAGAAAACACCAGAAAGCACUGGUUCGGUUAAGAGUUAUCGCCGUUUCAGUCUUGCCAGAAAGGUAAAAAAGCGCCCAGCUAAACCACCUUCACCCAAUCUACAAAAAUCGCAAGUCCGCUUUGUGACAGAAGAGGAUUGA